UCCAUGGUUUUCUCUGCCUAUUUUUCCUUCCAUUCAUUAAUAAUUAAUGGAAUAUACCCCUAAGCCCAAUUUUAGUUAGUAUAUGAAGCCAUUAUUUUCGUUGAGUUGGCAGGUGCUCAGGAGGUUGACUAUUUUUUCUCCCUUUUUUGUUAGAAUUUAUUGUCACCCUCUUCUUAAAUCUUUAUUUAAUUCUCUGAAGAUAUACUACUUACUUGGCAAGAAAACACAUGUGAACCAUAUCUCUUCCUCUUAAUCUACCAUUGAUAGAACAAUAUAUGGAAAAGAUGACCACAAAUAUCUUUAUGAAGUCAGGGGAGAGUGUCUUCAGCAAUUUCAAUAGUCACAUACUUAAUAAACUAUUUCUUGUCUCUCUGUAGCUCUUGAUAAUUGAUUCAAUUUUCAUUUCCAAGUGUGGCUGUGGUAAAAUUCUUCACUGAGACAGGUAGUGAUGCCAUAAACAGAUAAAGAAUACCACAAUUAUGCUUGUGGAGUGGCAGGUCACUUUUGUGGUAGAAAAUGAAAGAGGAUAGUAUCAGCGUCCCAUGAAUGGUUUUUCCUCUUCAUUUAACAUUAUUUUUCAAUACUUCUCUAAUCUUAGAAAAUAGUCUAUGUUUACCUAAAAUACUCUGUGCUUGAAUUUGUUUGUCUCCUGAAACAUACAUGAAAACAUCAACUUUGCAAGAACCAAUAGAUUUUAACUAUUUUUACCGAACUGUACAAUCCUUGCGUUAUUUGAUUGAGCCACUUAGUGGCGCUGUAGACCAGGAAGAAGCCUUUCGGAAAAUCCCAGAGCGAAACUCUGUCACAUGAAACCCCUUGCUUUCGGAAAAGCACUUGGGUCUGCAGGGCGCUUUCAAGCUGUGCCUAAAUCCUGACCUCUGCUAUUGGAAACAUUGUCGUAGCUGGAACCUGAACAGUGGAGUCCUGUGCCCAUCUGACCCUUUUUCUGACUUGGGGGUCACCACAACCGCAACGCUGUGUUUAGUAACCAGUUGAUGUGGAGAGACAGUAAUGGCGCCAGCACCGCGGGAAAUAAUCAGGCAAGUUCUCUUUGUUUGUAUUUUUAUCUUUGGGAGGUUCCGUGUGGAGUGUGAAACCAUUCACUAUUCUAUAUCUGAAGAAAUAGCCAUCGGCUCCUGCGUGGCUAAUUUUGCAAAGGACUUGGGUCUGGAUGUGAAAGCGUUGCCUUCUCGGCAGGCUCGGCUAGUUGCGGCUGGUAAUGGGGAGCAUUUCCUAUUGGACCUGAAAACAGGGGAACUGCUCACAAAGGACCGAAUAGAUCGGGAAGAAAUAUGUGCCCAGAUGGACGAAUGCAUCAUCCGUUUUGAAUUAUUGCUGCAAAAUCCAUUGAGGUUCUUCCGGGCAGAGUUAGCUAUUUCUGAUAUCAACGAUCAUUCGCCUCAGUUCCCAGAGGAUGAAUUCAUUUUAAAGAUCCCCGAAUCCACUACCGUUGGCACGCGCUUCCCCCUGGAGAGUGCGCAGGAUUUAGAUGCAGGGGAAAAUGCCCUUCAGAACUACACGCUCACUCCACCAAAUGAGCCCUUCGUUUUGCACACUAGGGAGCAGAGCGAUGGCAGCAAGUACCCGGAGCUGCUCCUGGUAAAGGCCCUGGACCGCGAGGAGCAACCAGAACUCGAGUUCCUACUCACCGCUGUGGAUGGUGGAAUCCCGCCCACCUCGGGGACCGCCAAGGUCCGUAUCAUUGUCUUGGAUGCAAAUGACAAUGCCCCAGUGUUCUCUCAGUCUCUGUACCAAGCUACUGUGGCAGAAAACAGUCCAACGGGCUCAGUAGUGACUAUUGUAUCUGCAGUUGAUUCAGACCAAGGUCGCAAUGGAGAAGUGACUUACUCAUUCAGUCAAAAUGCCGGUAAAGGUCAUCGUGCUUUCCAGAUAGAUUCUCUGACGGGGGAAAUUCGAAUCUCUAAACCUCUAGACUUUGAAGUGACUGAAAAAUAUGAACUAAGUGUUAGGGCCACCGAUGGAGGAGGAUUAUCCUCGCAUUGUAAAGUCCUUGUGGAGGUGGAGGAUGUGAAUGACAACCCCCCUGAAGUGACAGUGACAUCUCUUUCCACUCUACUCCCUGAAGACUCUUUACCUGGAACAGUGGUGGCCCUUUUUAGCGUCCGUGACAAGGACUCUGGGGACCAUGGGAGAGCCUCUUGUUCCAUUCCAGAUGACAUCCCUUUCAUCCUGAAGCCGAUUUUCAACAAUUACUAUGAAUUAGUGACAGAUGCAGCCUUGGAUCGGGAAAGGGUUUCCAAUUACAGCAUAAUGAUCACUGCCGUAGACUCGGGAUCUCCUAGUCUCUCAACUAGGGAAACUGUCACAGUGCAAAUAUUAGACAUCAAUGAUAAUCUCCCUCUUUUUAAUCAAUCGUCCUAUACCAUGUAUGUGACUGAGAAUAACAGUCCUUUCCUGAUGAUUGGAGCGCUAAAUGCUACUGAUUCAGACUCGGGGCAGAAUGCUAAAGUGACAUAUUCUAUCUGGCCUGAGAACAAUAAUUCUCCCUUUUCCUCCCCAUUCAUUUCUAUCAAUUCAGAAAAUGGACAAGUCUACAUUCUGAAGACUCUUGAUUAUGAAGAAAUCAAAGACUUCAAAGUGACUGCGCAAGCAUCGGAUUCAGGGGCCCCUUCCUUGAGCACUAAUGUUACGGUAUAUAUAGUCAUCGUGGAUGAAAAUGACAAUGCCCCAGUUAUUUUAUACCCUAUUCAGAACCACUCUGCUUCUUAUAGUGAACUGGUCCCUAGGUCGGCUGAAGAAGAUUACUUGGUUACUAAAGUGGUGGCUGUGGAUGAGGACUCAGGUCAGAACUCCUGGCUUUCCUACCAGUUACUUAAGGCAACCGAUCCUGGGUUGUUCAUUGUAUGGUCUCAUAAUGGAGAAGUUCGAACUUCGAGAUCCAUCAGCGACAGAGAUGCUAUCAGGCAGAAACUCAUUAUUCUUGUAAGAGACAAUGGCAUCCCAGUACUCUCUACUCUUGCAACACUAGACCUUCUUCUUGUAGAUGGCUUUUCAGAAGCUCAUAUGCACGUCCCAGAUUCUACUGAAGAGGAGGCGCAUGAUGACAAAUUAACUGUGUAUUUGAUUAUUUCAUUGGCUUUAAUUUCCUUUCUCUUUCUAGUUUCUAUUUCAAUCUUUAUAGUUAUCAAAGUGUAUAAAAAGAAACAGUUGAAGGAGCGAUCCCAUUGUUUUGGCCAUUUCGAUGAUGCCAAUAAUAUCCCAAGAAAUUUAUUGGAUGUUACUGGCACAGGGACUCUCUUUCAGGCAUACAAAUAUGACAUACGUUUAACAGAUGGCUCUAGUAAUAGAGGAAUUUAACCUAUUAUCCCUAACUUUACAUCUCAGCUGGAGAAUAGCGAAAUGUUCCCUCAGGGGAAUUAAAGCUUUUUGCAAAUUGCAAAGCUUUUCCCAAGAUGAUAAAGAAGAAAAGAAAAUAGUGAAACUUUGAUCUUGCUUAUGAUAUUUUCCAAAACCAGACGGAGAGAGGGAUGAAUAAAGAUUUCCAUAUAGUAUAAGCUUAUCUUUAUGUAAUCUUUAUAUCUUUGCUAAAUCACUAUUGAUUAUGGGUCCUCUUUUUUGAAAGCAUGCUUUACUUUUUGCAUUUGUAAUUUUUCUUUUAGAAACUAGUAUACUUAAUAGGCAAUUUUUGAAGUACAAUAUGUAAUCAUCUCUAGUACUUAAAUAAACAAUGGGUGUUUAUAUGCUUUAACAUUAGUAUACUACACAGAAUGCCCAGAAUGAAUCACAGACUUUGCAUUUAGAAAGGGGGAAAAAGGAAAUGCUGAAAAGAAUGUUUCAGUAAUAUUACAAUACUUAUUUUGAACUGUCUAGACCAAUUGUCUUUUAUGUCAUAUCCUGAAGAUUUGAAAAAUGAGGGAAUUGUUAAGAUUUUUAAAUGUUGCUGUGUUUUAUUAAAGAUUUCAUUUCCAACAUAUUUCGUUGGUUCUUAUAUGUUAUAUAGAAUUUAUAGAGAAAAAGUUUGGAAGAACCUCCAAAGAAGAAUAAUGAUAUCCAUAAGAUAGUAUUUCUGUUUCUACUUAAUACUAAGAUAGUAUUUCUCAAAAUUCUUCAACAUUAAAAGUUUUCAACUUUUUCUCUUUUCAUUCUACAUCAUUAUCAUGUACUACUUGUUUUCUUCUGCAAAUUUUUUUUAAAUUUUUAUUUAAUAAUUACUUUAUAUUGACAGAAUCCAUGCUAGGGUAAUUUUUUUUUUUACAACAUUAUCCUUUGCACUCGUUUCUGUUCCAAUUUUUUCCCCCUUCCUCCCUCCACCCCCUCCCCUAGAUGGCAAGCAGUCUUUAUAUGUUGGAUGUGUUGCAGUAUAUCCUAGAUACAAUAUAUGUUUGCAGAACCGAACAGUUCUCUUGUUGCAUAGGGAGAAUUGGAUUCAGAAGGUAUAAAUAAGCCGGGAAGAAAAACAAAAAUGCAGAUAGUUCACAUUCGUUUCCCAAUGUUCUUUCUUUGGGUGCAGCUGCUUUUGUCCGUCAUUUAUCAAUUGAAACUCAGUUAGGUCUCUUUGUCAAAGAAAUCCACUUCCAUCAAAAUAUGUCUCAUACAAUAUCGUUGUCGAAGUGUAUAAUGAUCUCCUGGUUCUGCUCAUUUCACUUAGCAUCAGUUCAUGUAAGUCUCGCCAGUCCUCUCUGUUGCAAAUUUUUUGUAAGUUGAUUCUCCUUCUAUCCCAUAGAGAUAACCCAGUUGCAUAAUGUCGAGGCUACUAAGAGAUCUAAUUAGCGCUCUCGCUCUCUCUCUCUCUCUCUCUCUAACAACUAUCCUCUGCGCAAUUGAAAGUCAUCUUCAAGUAUGGAUUCGAGAGUGAAAUUGCCGUUCUCAAGAUCUAAUUUACCUCUCCACUUGCCUUGCAAACCAAAAAAAAAAAAAAAAAAAAAAAAUUUUUUUUUUGGCAGAAGGAAAGAACAUAGCUACUGUGGCAAAACUAAUGUGCUGGUGUAUAUCUUGAGGAAUCCACAAAUAAUCAAACUUUAUCAUUUAUCAACAAAUCAUUUUGAGCACCUAUUCAAUACAUUAUACUGGACUUGCCACUAAGAAAGCCUUAAGAACAAAUAUGAUAAAGUCUCUAUCCUAAAAUAACUGACAGUUUAACAGGCAGGGAUAAAAUACACACAGAUGACUAUAUUCAAUAAUAUAAACAGUAUCAUAAGAUCAAAAUUGCAAAGCUUGGAAAGGCUUUAGGUAAUUUAGUCAAACUUUCUCAUUUUACAGGUAAGGAAAAGUGAAUCCUAGGGAAGUAAUAUAACUUUUCCCAAGUCAUUCAGGUUGUAAGGCAUAGAGCCAUAAAAAAUAAUGCAAUAAAUUCAUAAGAGAAACAAAAAAAGAAUCAUGAGGUGAAAUUAGGGAGUGAUUCUGAAGAACUGUACUGGCAAACCAAAUAUAAUAAAUUAGUGAUUUGAACUCAGGUCCUAAUUUCAGGGCUGAUGCUUUAUCUAUUGCACUACCGAGCUGCCCAGCAAAAUCUUUUUAAAGAAUAAUUGUUAAGAAAACAAGAUUAUGUGAUGAUGAAGUGAUGAACUUGGCUUCUUUGAACAGUGAGAUGAUUCAGGCCAAUUCCAAUAUACUUGGUAUGGCGAAAACCAUCUGCAUACAAAAAGAGGACUGUGGGACUGAAUGUGGAUCACAACAUAGUAUUUUCACUUUUUUUUUUUUUUUGGUUAAUAUUUGCUUGCUUAUUUUUCUUCUCUUUUUUUUUCUUUUUUGAUAUGAUUUUUCUUGUUCAGCAUUAUAACUGUGGAAAUUUGUAUAGAAGAAUUGUACAUGUUUAACCUAUAUUGAAAUACUUACUAUCUAGGGAAGGGGAAGGUGGGGAGGGAAGGAGAAAAAUUUAGAAUACAAGGUUUUGCAAGUUUGAAUGCUGAAAACUAUCUUUUUAUGUAUUUUGAAAAAUAAAAAUCUACUGUUAUAAAAAUUAAAAAAAGAAUAGUUAGUAGGCAUUUCUACUAACCAGUAUCUGGGCUAUUAUUAUGUACAUAGUAGGUAUCUAUUAGAAGUCUAUUUCCUUUAAUUGACUUGAACUUUGAUAGGAACAUUGACUUUACUCCCCUUCCCACACACAUCUUAGCUCAUUUUCCUCCUCACUUAUUACCCCUUUCAUGCCAUAUCUAAGCUACUACAGAACUAUUGUUUAUUAUUAUAAAUCGUUAUUUAAUAUAUUAAUUGUCAUAUAAUAUAAUUAAUAAAUGUUAAUGUUUAAUAAAUACAACAUUAUCUUUCUCAAAUCAUGAGCUUUACUUUCUAAAAACUCUAAGACCUUUAUUGCUGAAUCUAUCUUUAUAUUGCUCCUUUCCUUUCAGCAUUUCCUGGAUUAAGCCAGGAAGCUCAUUGAAUGUGUAAAGGAGCUGGAGUAAAAAAAAAAAAAGAAGUUGGAAAUGAAAGAUAUUAGUCUUACCUAAUUAGAUUCAGCAUCUGCAGCCUUGGACAAAAGAAGAAUCCAUCCCUUCCACACUAGCAAUAGUUUUACUUUUCAUUUGAUCACAGAUCCUUCUCCAUUGUUUCAAGUCCUGCUUACUACAUUUUGGACCUAAUCUAAAUUUCUGGCCUUUCUUUCCAUUUUAUUGUGGCCUCCAUAAUUACCUUUUUACUCAGUCCUUCCUGCUAUUGCUUUUGGUAGUUUCUUAACCUUGUCAUAUAGUUUUAUAGAUUCCAUAAUUACUCCCUUUCCAAGUGAAUUUGGUUCAUUCCUGUGAUCAAUACUUUCAACAUUCCUCAGAAUAUAACUUUCUUAAUAUCUGUGUGUAUGCCUUUAUAAUUCUUAUUUGGUUGUAUCUUGUUUUUUGCCUGUUAUUUGUGCGUUUUAUUUCUUUUUAUUUUUUUAAUGUAUUUUUGGGUUUUUUUCCCUUUCUUUCUUUCUUUUUUUUUUUUUUUUUCUUUUUUGGUGAGGCACUUGGGAUUAAGUGACUUGCCCAGGAUCACACAGCUAGGAAGUGGUAAAUUGUUUUCAGAUUUGAACUCAGGUCCUCCUGAUGUCAGGGCUGGUGCUCUAUCCACUGCACCAACUAGCUGCCCCAUCUUAUUGGUUUUCUUUUUUAAAAAUCCUUAUCAGUUCCUAAAGACUCCUCAUCUUGCCUCCAUGAACCUUGUCCUUGUUGCAAAUAACCCAAUGAAUCAAAAGAAAUUGACAAAUGGACUGAAUGAAAAUGUCUUCCUCAUUCCAUAUCUGUAGUCCAACAUUUCUUUGCCAAGAUGGAGUAGGCAUGCUUCACUACUAUUUCUCUGAAUUUCUGAUAACUGGACACUAUAUUGUUGCAAAUUCUAACAUUUUCAGUGUUGUUUUUUUUACUCUGUUUUGGUCAUCAUGUAAAAUUGUUUUCCUGGUUCUGCUUAGUUCAACCAAGCAUUUCUGUUUUAAUAUCCUUAACUUUCUGAAGUAGUUGUCUUUUGGUGGCAUUAUCUAUAUUUGUCUUAAUGGAAUCAGAAGAAAAAUAACUAGCAAAAUUUAAUGAGAAAAGUAAUGAAAUUUGAUAGAGAAACUUGUUUUCACAUCUCAGUUCAAAAAUUUACUAUUUGUGUACCAUUGGGCAUUACUUUAUUUCUUGGGGCCUCAAUUUUUGCAUUUGUAAAGUGAGGAGAUUAGGACAGAUGAGAUCUAGGUUUGGUUCUAGAUGUAAAUCUAUGAAAAAUCCUAUAAUCCUACCAAAGGUCCUUAAAAUGAUAACCUCUGUGUUUUUGAAUAAUAAAAUAUCUUUUCUUUAAAACAGAAUAUAAGUAUCAGAUGCUAUUGUCACUGGUUUUAGUGAUGAAUUUCUUUAAUUCAGGUCACUGAACUCCCAACAGACAACUUAAUCCAUGUAUUCUAUAAUCACCUACCUGCCCAAACAGAGGGAACUUGCUAGUUUACUAGACUAAUUCAGUAGACAACAUUGUUGUAUGAGAAUGAGAACCAUUAAAGUCUGAGUUGGAUCUAAUAUUUGAAUGAAUUUUAGCUAUGUAACAUGAAGGCCAUUUCACAUAGUAGUUAAAAUGCUGGUUCUGAAGAUAGGAAAACUAUUGUUCAAAUCCAACCUCUGGCAUAUUAUAUAUAGGACCUUAGGCAACCACUAUAUGUCUCAGGCAACUCCCCAUAACUGUCUGAUAAAUUAUCAUGGUAAAUUGAUUGUUUUCUUAGUAAAAAGAAUCCCCACAAUUAUAAAAUCAUAGAUCCUAUUAGAAAUUCUUCACAAUGUGGGAGAGAACAGAUCCACAAAAAAGAAGAUAUCAUUGGCUAUAAAUCACAUAUUAAAAUUACAUUGAAGGAGUAUAGAAUUUUUAAAUGGCAAGAAUUAGUGAACGCAAAACAAAAUCAGAGAAAAAUGUGCUUGUCAGCAGUGCUUCCUGUUUUGAUUUUUCUAGUUUUAAUACUACAGCUCUAAUCUAAGGAAUUGAAAAUAAUAAUAAUAAAAAAGAUAUAACAACAAAGCCAUUUCCUGUUUACCUUUUUUAAAAAUUAAAGUUCAGUUAUGUUGGUAUGCUGAAGGCCCUUCACGUCGAUCUUAUGGAUAGCCUCUUACACAAAAGAAUAAAAUGAAAUAGUAGAAGAGGAACAUAAAUGGCACUGUGAUAUCUUCCUAAGAUUAGAGCAAUCUAGCCAAUGCUUUUAAUCAGUUCUCAUUUCACCUGCGUCAAGACAACAGUGGUAUGUUAUCACACUUUUACAACAUUCUCAGUAAAAACUGCAAAUAGGAUCAGAGUGAGCUUUAAAAGAAAUAGAGAAUUUUACUAUCUCUAGUUUUUCCUUUUUCUCAAUCAAGCAAUCACAAACACUUAUUAAGCACUUAAUAUGUGCCACGGAUAAUGCUAAGUUUCUGUAACUAUUCUUUGUGAGAAUAAAGGAUAUAUAUUCAUUA